AUGCGCAAAAAUUUAGAUAACGGUAGUUUAAACAUGGAGCUUACAAUGGAGAACAUUGGCAACCUGCACGGCGUGGCUCACUCCCACCAAAGCGGGGACCUCAUGAACUCCCCCCACCACGCGCGGCAGUCGUCGCACCGGAACUUGGUGUCAUCCCACGGCCGCUCGGCCAUGGUGUCCAGCAUGGCGUCCAUCCUGGAGGGCGCGGGCGAUUACCGCACCGACCACACGCUGUCCGGACCCUUGCACCCGGCCAUGAGCAUGUCGUGCGACUCGGGCGGCAUGAGCCUGAGCAGCACCUACACCACCCUGACGCCGCUGCAGCACCUGCCGCCCAUCUCCACCGUGUCAGAGAAGUUCCACCACCCGCACGCGCACGCUCACCACCAUCACGCGGCGCACCAGCGACUGGCGGCGGGCAACGUGAGCGGCAGCUUUACGCUCAUGCGGGACGACCGCAGCCUCGCCUCCAUGAGCAACCUGUACGGCCACUACCCCAAGGACAUGUCCGGCAUGGGCCAGUCGCUGUCCCCGCUUUCCAACGGCCUCGGACCCUUGCACGGCUCCCAGCAGUCCCUCGGCGCCUACGGCCCCGGAGCUCACCUCUCCAACGACAAGAUGCUCUCCGCAGGGGGGUUCGACUCCCACGCCGCCAUGCUGUCCAGGGGUGAGGAGCACCUGGCGCGGGGGCUCGGCGGACACGGCGCCGGCCUGAUGACGUCCCUCAACGGCAUCCACCACCACAGCCACCCGCACUCUCAGGCCAACGGCUCCAUGCUGUCAGAGCGGGAGCGGCAGACGGUGGUGGGGGGCGCGCAGGGGGGCGGCUCCGGCCAGGUGGAGGAGAUCAACACCAAGGAGGUGGCCCAGCGAAUCACGGCCGAGCUCAAACGCUACAGCAUCCCGCAGGCCAUCUUCGCCCAGAGGAUCUUGUGCCGCUCGCAGGGCACCCUGUCCGACCUGCUGCGGAACCCUAAACCGUGGAGUAAACUCAAGUCGGGUCGCGAGACCUUCCGGAGGAUGUGGAAGUGGCUCCAGGAGCCCGAAUUCCAGCGGAUGUCGGCGCUGAGGCUUGCAGCCUGCAAGCGCAAAGAACAGGAGCAACACAAAGACCGCAACACCGCUCCCAAGAAGCAGCGGCUGGUCUUCACGGACCUGCAACGGCGCACGCUCAUCGCCAUCUUCAAGGAGAACAAGCGACCAUCCAAGGAAAUGCAGAUCACCAUCUCCCAGCAACUGGGCCUGGAGCUCAGCACCGUCAGCAACUUCUUCAUGAACGCCCGGCGCCGCUGCGUGGACCGCUGGCACGACGACCACGGCACCAGCCCCGGGCAGCCGGGCACCUCUGCCACCAAUUUCUCCAAGGCCUGA